AUGGGGGAGGGGGACGCUAUGAUCGGUAUGACAGGGGUUAUGGUGGUGGUGGUGGUGGUGGUGGUGGCUCAAGAUACGGUGGUUAUGGCGGGGGUGGGGGCAGCUAUGGCGGAUACGGUCGUGACGGCGGUGGCUAUGGGCGACCUCGCCAGGCACAACACUCGUAGCGCAGGCACUAGCAAGGUUGGGGGACGCGUGGACGUUUCCAAGGACAUCAAUGAGAUUAAGUUCACGGCCUCAUUGACGGACGCCUCUGCCAGAGACUACGAAGCUACGCCAUGGAUCAGGGACUUCAUCGUGUCAGCCGAGAAGAAACUGAACUCCAAUACCACCGGCCUGCUCGGUUACGACUUCGGUGCCCAGUCUGCCUUCGCCUCUGUGGGUGCCGAGACAGAUGUCGCCGGCAAGGACGUUCAGGCCAGUGCCACCUGGUUCCAGAGGGGAACACAAGUGCGUACCCAGGCAAACGUGAAGCUUGACCACCGCGCCACCCUGUGGGGCACGCACACCUUCCACGACGAGUCCCUGCUGUCAAACUCCACAUAUGUGAACCUGAGGGAGCGCCAGGGCUUCAUCAUCCACCCCUUCACAGUGCCCAUCUCCACCAGUGCCGCUCAGUUGACCUUGGAGAAGGAUGGCUACGUCAUUGAGCCGGCCUUUGACUUCAAACAGCGCGCUGGCUACCUGAGUGUGGCCAAGGACCACAACAAGUACAACUUGAGGGGCAGCUAUGCCUUCAAGGAGGAGACGGCCCUCUUCGAGGUUGGCUACAGGCACAACGGCGUCUUUGACCGCAACCCGCUUGUGCGCGGGUAUGUCAAGGCUCCCAUCUCGGCCAACAACGGUCUUGGUGCCCUGAGCUUGGGAGUGAUUGUGGACCACACUUUUGAGAUCUGAGCAGCCGGCUGGGUGUCUGACAGCAAGAGACUGUUCUUUUACAGAGGUGAAAGCAUUCCUUGCUGUGAAGGGCCAGCAAUCAAUUUUGGUAGCACCCAUCUUGCACUACAGAUGUUUCUUGUCGUACUUGUUGCCAAGCAAGUUGAUGCUGAUUCUGGUCAAGGAGAGCUUUGCAGAUCUGAGUGCUUGAGAAUUGACUGCUUUUCAUGUUUGUUUGUGAGGACUGAUACAUGUCAUGACGUGUGAGUCAAUGUUAAAUUCUUGAAGAU